AAAAAGUGAAAUAGCGAGUGAAUCAAGUUGAGUAAAUAAAAGAUGUCGAUUUUUGACAAUCCGGACCAGCUGCGACAGCUGCAGAAUUUGUUGUGCCCCAGUCAGAGGAGGCGGGGGGGCGUCGAGUGCAGCAGCAGCAGCGAGGAUGAGGAGGAAUCCCUUGUGGUUAGCAAGCAGACACCUGGUAGCAUUGGACCACAGGCAGCUGGUGACGCGGCCAAUACGAGUGGUAAGAAAAAAAAGGUUAACUUAUUGGCAACACCAUUGAAGGAAAAGGAAAAACCGCAGGCCACCACGCUGGAGGAAUGGCAGGAGGCUCAGGAGCGCGAAGAUGCGGAUAUUUUGGAGUCCAGAAAGUGCCCCGAAUACACAAUGACAUAUCGUCAGGCUGUUGGCACCGAAGACGUGUUCCUGCAGAUGGGACAACGCACUGGCGCUUCGUCCAGCUGUGAAGAUCUCAUCCUUGAGAUAUCCCUGCCCGACGAACCAAUGGCCGCCGAUAAAAUGACCCUGACUCUGCAUGAGCAGGAUCUGGAUCUGGGCACUACACUCUACAGACUAAAACUACCGCUUCCGCAUCCCGUCGACGUGGAUCGAUGUCACGCCAAGUACGACAGCGAAUUAGGCAAGCUCCGACUGACACUGAGGCUGCGAAGGGAGCUGGACUAUGUCAAUUUUUAAAUACCUUCUCUUUUACCACAAAUCUACACAUUACAUUUUAUUUAAUAUUUUUAUUUAAGAGAACAACAUAGAUAUUAGCAAGUUAUUUGGGAAAAUAUAUUAUUAAAUUCUCAGU